AUGGCCAAUGCGUAUACGAAUAAAGCGAUUACUACGAUGAUCGAGCGGAUCAACCGCCGACUCCGAUUAGAACGGCAUGCGCUCUGGCAAGCAAAGAAUGUUUAUAGACAACUCGUCGCGGAUUCGAUAUGGAUGCCUUGCGGUGCUGUAGAGCGAGACGACGAUGCUGAACUUUUUGGAGCAUCAAAUCCACAGCCUAUAGCUCAGGAACCAUCCGUUUCUAAUUUAACAGCCACGGCAUCUUCAGACCGUAUGAAUGUCGAUCAACAGAAUGAUAAUAAUGGAGAUAGCUCUGCAGGAAACGACAGAAAUAAUGAUAAUUCAAGAGCAGAAAGACCAGGUGAAACCACAGAUAACACUCGCGAUCCCGACGGAGACAUAGUGAUGGAAUCCGCACACAUAAACGACGGGGAAGACAAAGGCCGGAAAGGAGGUGGAGGCGAGUCAGAGGGUGAUCAGGCUGAAGGAUCGCCGAAGGAUAAGGAUAAGGAAUUGGCAGAUGACGGUUUUCUCCAUCCACGCCGAAUGACGACUAGAGCACAAGUAAGUGCGAACCAAAAUACGGUUUCACAGGAGAAGCAAGACGAGAAGGAACAAGAAAUCCUAUCCCUCGACGUUCAUCCCAUCUUUCGACUGCCACGACUACCGCCGGAGGAGCGGAAUUGCGGCUUAACCCAAAGUGAAGCUGAUGAAACACGCCGUAUGCUAUGGGCUUAUAUACAGAAGCAAGGAGAGAGUGUGCGGCUGUUCACGGAGAUGCUCAAGAUGCUCCGCAAAUCGCAUCGAAUGAAAGAAGAGGUGUGGGAGUGGUGCAAAGCGGAAGCACACAUUGGAGAGCUGAGCGAUGGAGAAGACUGGUAUGAUAAGGAGCGAUGGGGGUUGGGUGAGGGUGAGGACCUGAGAAAAGGGGCCGAUGAAGAGGAGACGGAGGGACUGGAUGAAGGGAGGCCGACUGGUAAACGGGGGAGAGGACGAAGAGCUUGA